UCCCGAAAAAAUGAUGUGUAUGUAUGAAAAGAAUAUAAGAUGUAUUAUGAAUUGAUGAUUAUAAGUAAGCAGUAGGUUAAAUAAGGUGGUUUAUUACCCAAAUCCACUCCAAUUAGCUUCAACCAGAUCUCGGCCGUACCUAUUUGCACAAAAUCCGAAUCAUCACCAUACCAAUACCACUGCGCCAACUGGAUCUAACGGCUGAAACGCGAGUCUGCACACAACUUGCAUUACAGCCACAACACCCAACUGAAACGCGAACUACUCACGCGCCAACACACCUGUUUCCUCCACGCGUCAACUCCACCCCCCCAGAUCUAUUCCAACAGCAAUACAGCACUUCCAGAGCAACAAUGGCGGCCCGCUAAAGAUCCCAAGAAAGAGAAGAAAGGCCGAAGAAAAUGGAAACCGAGCUUAAAGACCUACCUCCUAAACCCGCCGAACCGCAGCCCGAAUCCGAUGAGAGCCCGCUCCUCAAACCCGAACCGGUAAGCCCCGUACCCCAAAUCUCGAUAUCCAGCCAAAGCAUCGAGGAGGUGGAGAUAAAAUUAUACGCACCCUUUGUUCGGCACGAUGUUUACGGGACAAUGGGGAGGGGGAAGUUGCCAUGCACGGAGAAGCUUUUACUUGGUCUGGGCCUGGUGUUCCUGUUACCGAUAAGAGUGGUCGGGGGGAUGACUAUCUUGUUUUUUUAUUACGUGAUUUGUCGGGUUUGCACUGCGUUUCUGGCUCCGAACAGGGAGGCUGAGCAGGAGGAUUAUGCUCACACGGGGGGGUGGCGGAGGGCGGUGAUUCUGCAGAGCGGUCGGUAUCUGUCGAGGGCUGUGCUGUUUGUUUUCGGGUUCUAUUGGAUUUCUGAGACCAGGAAGGGUAAUGAGGUUGAUGGGCAGUUGAACAGUGAGGCUAAUGAGCCGGCACAUGAGGAUCAACUUGAAGAGGUGGAAAGACCUGGGGCUAUUGUAUCUAAUCAUGUAUCUUAUGUAGAUAUAUUGUAUCACAUGUCUGCCUCUUUUCCAAGCUUCGUCGCCAAGAGAUCUGUGGCGAAACUUCCUCUCGUUGGUCUUAUAAGCAAGUGUCUUGGUUGUGUCUAUGUACAGCGCGAGUCGAAAUCAUCAGACUUCAAGGGCGUCUCAGGUGUUGUUAAUGAAAGAGUUCGAGAAGCUCAUCAGAACAAGUUAGCUCCAAAGAUUAUGCUUUUCCCAGAAGGCACAACCACAAACGGAGAUUACCUCCUUCCGUUCAAGACUGGUGCAUUUUUGGCGAAGGCUCCAGUACUUCCUGUCAUUUUAAGAUAUCCCUACCAGAGAUUUAGUCCUGCAUGGGACUCUAUUUCUGGGGUGCGCCAUGUGAUUCUUCUUCUCUGUCAGUUUGUAAAUCACAUUGAAGUGACACGAUUACCGAUUUAUCACCCCUCAGAACAAGAAAAGGAAGAUCCCAAGCUUUAUGCUGAAAAUGUUAGACGACUGAUGGCUCAUGAGGGCAAUUUGAUUCUUUCGGAUAUUGGAUUGGCGGAGAAACGUGUUUAUCAUGCUGCUCUGAAUGGUAAUAUUAGUAUGCCUACUGUUUUGCAUCAGAAAGACGAUUGAUAAUUUCAUCGCCUGGCUCUGAAAGUUAUCUUGUCCAUCUUGGAUGUUAACAGUUUAAAUUGUAGGAAGCAAUGUGGGAGGCUGACACCCAUGGGGACAAGAAUAUAUUAGAGUUGUUGUUAGACUUCUGUAACUAUUUUUUGUACACAAUUGGAUGGCCAAAUAAUAAAAUUUUCCGAUGUUCCCGUGGAGUCGUUUUUGGUCUCCAUUUCAA